GUUCUCAUUGAAAGCAGAAGAUACUUUCGCCGUCAAAUCUAAUUCAAGAAUGAACUAUACACACUGUUUUUGGCUUACAACAUGUCUUUCGGACCGCUUCCCUCCCAACUGUGUCUGCUCUCCUCCCUGUCCCAAAAAGAUAUUGGUGAUAAAGUGAGGUUCCUGGGAUGUGUAACAUCCUAUUCCACCGAGUCUGGCGUUUUGACCUUGCAAUACAAAGGGUCUGAGGACAGACAACUCACUUUCGCCUCGGUUGAUGUCAACCUCGUUCUGCAGAGUCUCAAGGCGGAACAAACACGCGUUGGCGAAUGGGUGAAUGUCAUCGGAUAUGUCACCUCGACCGACAGCAAAAAGCUAGGCGACACGAAUCCGGUGGUUGAGGUCCAAGCAACACUUCUUUGGUCGGCUGGUCCCCUCAACCUGGAAAAAUACGAAGCGUCUGUACAGGCAUUGGACGGUGAGGAGAGUUGAGUUAACGCCUAACAAGUGCCUCUCUCAGGACUCACUCAUCGACUUUGGCGCAAUUGUGGUGAUAUUUCCCGAGCUCACGAUUACAGCCAUUUCCGAAUAUUGUCCGCCACAUGCUACCCUCUUCGUGCCAGUACAACACUGAUCAACAAUAUCAGACGGCGGCGCCGACAAUGUGCUACAGCAUAUGUCGUAGGACGAGGUCUACUGGGAACUUACUGUCCGGAACUG